AUGGAAAACACAAACGUAAUCGCCUGGCUGCUCCCUUCCAGCACCAACCAGCCCGCCAUAGAGGCCGUCCGCAUGCCCCAGAACGCCACCAGGAGGGUCAAAGCCGUACCCUCGUCCUACGACCCAGUCGUCCAGACCCCGAACCCUGGCGCCGCCCCCUCCACGCCCACCAUCGAUCCGUCCGUCCUCACCAAGAGCUCGUCUCCGUCCGGAACCCCCCGUCCGGCGCUCGAGCUGUCCUUCACCAGCCCCCCCCGGAACCACGUCGGCUUCGUCCUCGGCACCGACCCCGACGUCUGCGACGUCGUCCUCCCGUCCCUGUCCGGCAUCAGCCCCGUCCACUGCCACAUCACCUUCGACGCCGACAGGCGCCUCGCCCUCCGCGACACCUCCGAAGCAGGCACCGCCGUCUGGUACGACGGCGCCAGCUCCGGCGACCGCCGCCGCGAGUCUUGGGCCCUGAGCGCCGGCUGCACCUACGCCUUCCCCGCCAUGGUCGACCGCGUCGUCGUCGACAUCCAGACCGUGCGCUUCCAGGUCCUCGUCAACGAGUCCCACAUGCUGCGGCCCGACGCCUACCGGGACAGCGUCGACGCCUUCAUGGCCAGCCUCGCGAGCGGCUGCAUCGACGACGUCGACGACGGCGACAGGAUGGACUUCCUCCCGUUCGUUCCGUCCGUCGUGCCGCCCAUGUACGUCAAGUACCUCCUCGCCUCGGACGACGGCGCGCCGCCCGAGACCUACCUCUGGAACACGACGCGGCCCUGGGAGCCGAUGAUCAAGGUCGCCUGCUGA